GGCAAUUCACCUCAUCGACGGAGUUGGCCAUAACCUCUAAGUGAUAGAAGAAGAAGCUUUUCACUGAGACCAAUUGUGUGUUGUAUGAUCAUUUAAGAGUUUCACGUUUUCCACACGACGGAGCAGGGGCGGACUGGGACAAAAAUUCAGACUUGGCACUAGCUAGACCAGCUCACAUUACCACGCAGGCACAUCCCCACCCAUGGACACGCAUUCGCAACUUAGGACUGAGUGACCCAUAGCGCUGCUGUGACACUGGUUGUUGACAAGGGUGCGCAGAAGCCAUGGGUGAGAAUGAGGGCUCUUAUAGGGCCAUACAGACCCCUGGCACCCGGCUGGGGGCCCAGUUCAAUGCUGGGAUCAGUACCUUGGAGCCAGGUCAGAGCCUCACUGCAGCUAUGGGCCCUGGGGGUAAAGGUCCAAGCAGAGGACUACAGCUCAGAGUGCAGAGCCUGGAUGAAUCCCAGGAGUUCUAUGACUUAGAUCCCAGAGCGGAUGGAGAGACACUUCUCACUGAAGUGUUUACGAGAUCCAACCUGAUUGAGAGCGAUUACUUUGGCUUAGAGUUCCAGAACACACAAAUGAACUGGGUUUGGCUGGAACCCACAAAAUUAAUAGUGAAACAAGUGAGACGACCCAAGAAUACACUCUUCAGGCUGUCAGUGAAGUUCUUUCCCCCAGACCCUGGUCAACUACAGGAGGAGCACACUAGGUACCUGUUUUCCCUGCAGAUGAAGAGGGACCUGAUAGAAGGCAGGUUGGCCUGCACAGAAAACACUGCUACUCUGCUGGCCUCACAUCUUGUGCAGUCUGAAAUAGGUGACUAUGAUGACGUGGCAGACAGGGAUUUCCUUAAGCUGAACAAACUGCUUCCCAAUCAGGAGAGGGUACAGGAGAGGAUCAUGGAACUGCACCGAAGACACCUGGGCCAGACUCCUGCUGAGUCAGACUUUCAUGUCUUGGAGAUUGCCCGUAAACUGGAUAUGUAUGGCGUUCGCUUCCACCCAGCAGCUGAUCGUGAGGGAACUAAGAUCAACCUGGCUGUGGCUCACAUAGGCCUGCAGGUCUUCCAGGGUAACACAAAAAUAAACACGUUCAAUUGGUCCAAGAUCCGCAAACUGAGCUUCAAGAGGAAACGCUUCCUGAUCAAGCUACACCCAGAUGUUCAUGGCCCUCAUCAGGAUACCCUGGAGUUCCUGAUGGCCAGUCGGGACCUGUGUAAGGUGUUUUGGAAGAACUGUGUGGAACACCACUCGUUCUUCCGCCUUUUUGAUCAGCCACAACCCAAAUCCAAAGCCAUAUUCUUCAGCAGAGGCUCCUCAUUCAGAUAUAGUGGAAGGACCCAGAAGCAACUGGUUGAGUAUGUCAGGGACAAUGGCGCACGGAGGACACCAUAUCAGAGGAGGAACAGUAAGGUGAGGAUGUCCAGUCGCUCUCUGGCCACUGACAUGCCAAAACAGAGUUUCUCAUUUAAUGACAGCUUGCAGGUGCCAUGUUCGCCCUCCUCUGCGACCAUGUCAUUCCACUUCUUACACAUCUCUAGCUCUCCUCCACCAACCGAGCAACAAACCCACCUCCAGAGCACUCCCCUCCAGAGCCUGGCCCAGUCUCCCCUGCCUCCUCUCCAACAGCAGCAGACCAAGCUCCAGGCCCCACAGCCGGCCAGGCCUCCCAGCCCCCCAGCAAAGGAGGACCCCUACAAGGCUACUGGUGCCCCCCCAUAUCACCACGCUUUCUCACAAGAUUCCUCAAUGGACAGCCCCCAGCUCUCCAGAUUCAACUCCAAGAGCUCUCCCCUCUGCUUGUCUCCUUCCUUCCAGAUGUCUACCCUCAGUCUCCCAGGGGCAGGGCAGGUCCCCUCGCCUCUACAGAGUCCUAUCUUGAACGAGGUGGGCAACAGCAGGCUAGAGGAGGAGGAGGAGGGCAGGAGGAAGAGAUACCCCACCGACAAGGCAUACUUCAUUGCUAAAGAAAUACUGACCACAGAGAGAACCUAUCUGAAAGACCUGGAGGUUAUUACAGUGUGGUUCCGCAGUGCUGUGAUCAAAGAGAAUGUAAUGCCAGAGUGUCUGAUGACCCUGCUUUUCUCCAACAUUGACCCCAUCUAUGAGUUUCACCGUACCUUUCUCAAAGAGAUCGACCAGAGGCUGGCUCUAUGGGAGGGGCGCUCUAACGCUCAUGUGAAGGGAGACUACCAGAAGAUUGGAGAUGUUAUGCUGAGGAACAUGUGUGCUCUAAAGGAGUUUACUAGCUAUCUGCAGAAACAUGAUGAGGUGCUGGCUGAGCUAGAGAAGGCCACCAAGCGUUUGAAGAAGUUGGAGACCGUGUAUAAGGAGUUUGAACUUCAGAAGGUGUGUUACCUGCCCCUCAACACAUUCCUGCUGAAGCCCAUUCAGCGCCUCAUGCACUACAAACUCAUCCUGGAGAGGUUGUGUAAACACUACACUCCAGACCAUCCGGACUACAACAACUGCACAGAAGCUCUAAAGGAGGUGGCUGAGAUUGCCACUCAGCUCCACACUAGCCUCAUCCGCCUGGAAAACUUCCAGAAACUAACAGAAUUGCAGAGAGACCUUAUUGGCAUCGAGAACCUCACCGUACCUGGCAGGGAGUUCAUUCGAGAAGGCUGUCUGUACAAGCUUACCAAAAAAGGGCUGCAGCAAAGGAUGUUUUUCCUGUUCUCUGACAUGCUUCUUUACACCAGUAAAGGAGUGACAGCCACAAACCAGUUCAAGGUCCAUGGCCAGCUGCCACUGCAUGGCAUGAUUCUCAUAGUACUGGAUGCACCGGUGGAGGAGAGUGAGAAUGAAUGGUCUGUCCCGCACUGUUUUACAAUCUACUCUGCCCAGAGGACUAUCGUGGUGGCAGCCAGCUCCAAGGUUGAGAUGGGGAAGUGGAUAGAGGAUCUCAACAUGGCAAUCGAGAUGGCCAAGAAAUGUCAGGAGAAAUCUGACAUCUUUAUGGACCAAGGCCUGUGUGAUCGCUCUAACAGGUCAUCGGAUGAGGUUUCUCUGGAACCGGAGUCGGAGGAUGACAUGUCAUUGUCUCAUAACUCGCUGGAUAAGCAGACCCAGCAUCGUGCCAACACCACCAUGCAUGUCUGCUGGCACCGCAACACCAGUGUAUCCAUGUCAGAUCACAGCCUGGCUGUGGAGACCUUUGCUGAUUCUUCAUGCAUUGGUGUAACAGUGUUCAGUUCUCCUGCCGUGUCUCCAGAGCUCCCACCUCGCUACCUGCUCGGUCAAGGCCAAAGACCCAACACCAUCACACAUGUCUGCUGGUACCGCAACCAGAACCUCUCACUCACUGAUUACCUGCGCAUGAACCAGAACCAGCUUUCAGGGUAUCUCUUACGGAAAUUCAAGAACAGCAACGGCUGGCAGAAGCUUUGGGUGGUCUUCACCAACUUCUGCCUGUUCUUCUACAAGACUCAUCAGGAUGACUUCCCACUGGCCAGCCUCCCGCUACUAGGCUACACUGUGAGCACUCCAGGAGAGUCAGACACUAUUCACAAAGAAUAUGUGUUCAAAUUGCAGUUCAAGUCCCACGUCUAUUUCUUCCGGGCUGAGAGCGAGUACACAUUUGAGAGAUGGAUGGAGGUGAUUAAGAGUGCGGCCAGUGCUACAGGCCGAAUAUGUCUCUUCAUGCCUAAAGGUCCUUUCGAGAGGAACGGGAACUAAGCUCCUCCUGCCUAUAAUCUACUGUGUGCUUCCCAAAGUCAGCCUAUUUUUAUAUUUUGCACUAAAUUGGGAAUAUGGUUCUUUGUGGGACACAAUCCUAGAGAGCUAGGGGCUGGGACCCAUAGUUUUUCAGUCAAUUAAUAUUGAAACUAUGGUUCUCAUUGUCAUGUUAAAGUGACAGUCAUGGAUUAAUUUUAUUGAAAAUACAAUUUUCAUUAGAUGUUUUUUUUAUGUUCAUACAGUAAUUUUUGCCCCCAGGCUUCAUCGACCAUCAGUAUAUCUGUUCAUGUAAAAAGCGGUGAACAUAUUAUAUAGUUCAAGAAAGUAUAUGUAGUACUAUUAUUAUGGAAAUGUACUGUUAGGUCCUGAAAUAACACUGACACAGGUCUUGUGAUUUUGGCUGUUAACCAAAACAUAUUCAAGUUACAGUUAAAUAAUGAAUAUGGGCUUAAAGUGCCUCUCAGCUUUGAUGUGAGGGUAUUCACAUCCAAAUUGGAGGAACGGUUUAGGAAUUACAUCUCUUUAAUAUGUUGCCCCCUCUUUUCCAAGGGACAAAAUGUAAUUGGACAUUUGACUCAAAAGCUGUUUCGUGGACUUAUGUGGGGUAUUCCUUCGUCAGUUAAGAAGGUAAAAGGACUGGAGUUGAUUCCAGGUGUGGCAUUCUCAUUUGGAAGCUGUUGCUGUGAACCCACAACAUGUGGUCAAAGGAGCUCUCAAUGCAAAUGAAACAGGCCAUCCUUAGGCUGCACAAAAAAUCCAUCAGAGAUAGUAGGAACAUUAGGAGGAACAUCAUUAUUAGAUUAGAUUCAACUUUGUCAUUGAACAGUACGAGUACAGUACAGCACAAUGCAGUUAGCAUCAAACCAGUAGUGCAAAUAGAAGAAGA